AUGCUCUCUUCAGCUUAGCCAAACCUCGUCUCUAUUUGUAUAGACGUUCUCUUCGCGUUCUCGUCAUAAAUGGAGACUUUAAGACUCAGUUUUAGGGUGGAAUUUCCUUUAAGUGACAGAUGUAUGCAACAACAUUUCACCGUACACCUGCCUCAGUCAGCACCACGGACAGCGACCGUGCCAGCUCUCCGCAGACCGCGAACAACGGCGCCGUCACCGCCUGCACACUGGUAGUAGCCUGCAUACACAGCGGGGCCCGGAGGGGCAGGGCAUGCUCAUUUUAUAAUGACUACCACCUAAUACAGCAUGAUCUACGAUUAUGUUACUGCGGCACUGACAGUUAAACAGUGGAGGGCAAGAUGCUGGAUAGCCUAUAGUAGGCUAACCCCCCCGCUUUUUUGUGUUAGUUUCUCAGCCACCGGAAAGAUCCCUUUAUUUUGAUCAACAUGCCUCCGUCGACUCGUCUCGGUCUUUUCCUCGGGUGGAGUGGCUCUAAAUGGUAACAGAUGUAGUGCGCGUCUCACAAGUAGCUCUAAUGGUUGAGGGUCUCUGCAGAGCAAGGUAGUGAAAUCUCUUCCUCUUCCUACUCCACGCCCUAUCAUUAUUAGGCUGUCAAUAGCUGCCCGGCACCAUGUCCCCUCUAGCAUCGGCUGCGACAGCGAGUGAAAGCAGUACGACCACCGUUUUCGAGGAGGACACCAGAGAGGAGGAAAAAAAACCCCAAAAAAAUCUUGAGCAAACACUUUUUGGGGGGGGUUUUUGGAAAUGCCUGCUCCUGUCCAUUCUGAUGUAUGGCUGCAUGGGAGCGAUGGUUUGGUGUCAUGUCACCAAGGUGACCCGCCUCACCUUUGACAGUGCCUUCAAAGGGAAAUCCAUGAUGUACCAUGACAGUCCCUGCUCUGAUGGCUAUAUCUACAUCCCUCUGGCCCUACUGGGCAUGCUCUAUUUAGUCUAUCUUGUGGAGUGCUGGCACUGUCACGUGAAGAAUGAGCUGCAGCACAAAGUGGAUGUGGAGGGCAUCUAUGAGCGCAACCAAAGAAUGCAGCAAGCUAAACCCUGCAUCUGGUGGAAGGCCAUCAGCUAUCACUAUGUUCGCCGAACACGACAAGUCACACGCUACCGCAAUGGAGACGCCUACACUAGCACCCAGGUUUACCAUGAACGUGUCAACACCCAUGUGGCCGAAGCUGAAUUUGACUACAGUCACUGUGGUGUCAAAGAUGUUUCCAAACAGCUGCUGGGCUUGGAGAAGUCUGCUCUUACUAAGAUGCGGUUCACCAAGUGCUUUAGUUUUGCCAACGUAGAGUCCGAGAAUUCCUACCUUACACAACGAGCAAGGUUUUUCACUGACAAUGAGGGUCUUGAUGAUUACAUGGAAGCCAGGGAGGGCAUGCACCUAAAAAACAUUGACCUGAAGGAGUACGUUAUUGUGCUGCCUGACCCAGAGCACCAGCCCUGGUAUCUGUCCCACUAUGUCUUCUGGUUUGCCUCAUUCCUCACUUUCUCCUGGCCUCUCAGAGUCUUUACGGAGUAUCACACUGCAUAUGUCCACUAUCGCGUUGAGAAGCUCUUUGGGCACGAUUACCUCCCUGUGACCCCAUGUGAGGAUCGGCCAUAUUGCCGUCGUAUCCCUCGCGUUAACACCAUUGACAGUACAGAGUUGGAAUGGCACAUUCGGUCCAACCAGCAACUGGUGCCCAGUUACUCAGAGGCUGGCCUGAUGGACCUGGCCCAGUGCCCGACCAGCUUCAGUGGGAUACGUCAGAAUUGUGAGCGCUGCCACAGAGCCAUCAGCUGCUCCUCAGUGUUCUCCAGGAGCGCCCUCAGCAUCUGUACAGGUGCCAGCUCCCGCAUCCCCUUCAGCGGCAGUCGCUUCUCCUUGGCGCGGCGCUACGGCUCCCAGCGCAGCUGCUUCUGGAGGAGCGGCAGCUUGGACGACCCAGAGAGUCCCAGCGAAAACACCCGCUGUCUAUCAGAGCGCCUCAACACAGAUGACGAGGAGCCCCCGGAAUAUGAUGACGCACUUUGCUACCCAGUGCUCAUUGUCCACUGUAGCGAGAAUUGCCACAACCACAGGUCUUUCCACAGGAAUGGCUCCUGUGUGGAGACUUCCUUGUGACUAUGCAGUCACUGACAAAACACAGUGGCAUUUCUGUAGCAUACAAACACUUUGGACAUCAGAAACAGAGUGUGUAAACAAGUCUUAAUGUGAGAUACACAGAUUCAUGCUGUAUUGUCAUGCUAUCUUAAACAAAUGCCUGAAUCCUGAAUGUGAAUGUGUGAAUCACCAAAGCAAUAACAGUGAUUAGUGAGUGAAGAACAAAGCGAUGGUGGUAUGUGAGCCUACUAGGAUACACACACAUGGUAAAAUGAUAUCUGCUUGGCUUCCAAUGAAAACCAAGCAGACUAAGCCUGUUACACUGUUCAUGAUUGCCACAGCUUUUAAGGUCUCGUAUGUGCUGUACGUAUGAAACUGAAGCUGCAGUUACCUCGUAAAACCUUUUCAGAGGCCACGGACAAGAUAGGCAGGUUCAAACAUCUCAUUCCUUUAGUGAAAUCUCAGUAACACAAAAACAUCACAGCUGACCAGUCAGAUAAUAACAGCAAUAACUGUAAAAAAUAAAAACCAUCUCAAGUGAAAAAGUAAAAGGAGGUAUAUCAAUGAAAUAUGUUGCGCUUAUGCAUUUCACAAAGAGACAUUGGUCAACAUGGAAACCUCCAAUCCAAAAGAGACAAGGGAUCUCUUGGAUACUUUUACUCAUUGUUAUACCAAUCUAUGAUGUAUGAUAUUUUACAUAUGUGAAGUGUUGUAAUUUUUUUUUUAUCAACAUGCCUCGUAUAUUUCUACUUCAGUUAGUGACUUUCUGCAUCCUCCAGAAUGCCUUUUGACAACUGCAGAAAACAGGUAUAAACUUGUUUACAGCUGUGGGCUUUAUGUGUUGUUGCAUAGUUACAUAAAAAUUGUAAAAACAUAGUGAGAAAAAAUAAGACUUGUGCUACACAGAGCAAACCUGUUUUGCAGUUGCAGUGCAUUCUGGUCUAUGUAAGCUGCUUUGGUAUAACUAUGAUGCUUCUUCUACAAUGGAUUUCUCCCUAUUUGACUGUUGACUGUUGGUGCUAAUAUGGCAGCUCCAGAGAGAAACUUACCUUUCUUUUGGAUGUCGAUGUUUACAGUUGAUAUAUAUUUUUUUUUAACCGUUUUGUCCUACAAACCUCCACUGUAGAUGUUGGAAUGAUCUAAAUGUGAUAACACAUUGUCACGGUUUUGAUAUCUGCAAGGAAACACAAAAACAGAGUGGGAAAGGCUUUUAACAUUGUUACAGGGUUUUAGGCUGGAUUUUGUGCUUUAACAUUUUACACCUGAUUUGUCUUGACUGACCCAGAAACGGGAACAUAGUUGGAGCACUAACACUGUCUAGUCAUAUGAGCCUUCACCUUAAAGGUCCCAUGACAUGGUGCUCUUUGGAUGCUUUUAUAUAGAACUUAGUGGUCCCCUAAUACUGUAUCUGAAGUCUCUUUCCCGAAA